CGCCCUCUGCCGUUCCCGGAGCAGCAAGAUGGCGGACACAAUGCGGGGGAGCCGCCUCUCCGCGGCCUGAGCAGGCCAGGCCGAGCCGCAGGGCGCCGCCCGCCCCGGGCCGCCGCCCCUCCCUGCUCUCUGCCGCUCCCCGCCGUCCCGCGGGGCUCUGCCCGUCCGCUCCCGCCGCCGCCCGGAGCCCCGCCCGGCUCCUCUCAGCGCCGUUGCCGCCGCCCUCGGCGCGGCCCGGCCCGGCGGCGGCAUGAAGCUGACGGACAACGUGCUGCGGAGCUUCCGCGUGGCCAAGGUCUUCCGCGAGAACUCGGACAAGAUCAACUGUUUCGACUUCAGCCCCAAUGGCGAGACCGUCAUCUCCAGCAGCGACGACGACUCCAUCGUUCUCUACGACUGCCAGGAGGGGAAGCCAAAGAGAACACUGUACAGUAAGAAGUAUGGAGUGGACCUCAUCAGAUACACGCAUGCUGCCAACACUGUUGUAUACAGCUCCAACAAAAUAGAUGACACAAUCCGAUACCUCUCCUUGCAUGACAACAAAUACAUUCGGUAUUUCCCGGGGCAUACGAAAAGAGUGGUUGCGCUUUCAAUGUCUCCAGUGGAUGAUACUUUUAUUUCUGGGUCCCUCGAUAAAACUAUUCGACUUUGGGAUCUCCGCUCUCCAAAUUGCCAGGGUUUAAUGCAUCUCCAGGGGAAGCCUGUGUGUUCUUUUGACCCAGAAGGGUUGAUUUUUGCUGCAGGAGUCAAUUCUGAAAUGGUGAAGCUUUAUGAUCUCCGUUCUUUUGACAAGGGACCAUUUGCUACAUUUAAGAUGCAGUAUGAUCGAACGUGUGAGUGGACAGGCCUGAAGUUUAGUAAUGAUGGCAAACUCAUCCUCAUAUCAACUAAUGGAGGAUUCAUUCGACUGAUUGAUGCCUUUAAAGGAGCCAUCCUGCAUACAUUUGGGGGUUAUAACAAUAGUAAGGCUGUCACGCUGGAGGCAUCAUUCACACCAGACUCUCAGUUCAUCAUGAUAGGUUCAGAGGAUGGGAAGAUUCAUGUUUGGAAUGGGGAAAGUGGGAUGAAGGUGGCUGUGCUGGAUGGGAAACACACAGGUCCUAUAACCUGUCUGCAGUUCAAUCCAAAAUUCAUGACUUUCGCUAGCGCAUGUUCCAAUAUGGCCUUCUGGUUGCCAACUAUCGAUGACUAAUUCCUACACUGCAGCUGCUGUUGGGCGAUUUCCACACUAACAGCAGCACAUCCCCGCAAGCAUAGUACUGGAAUUGCCUAGGUCUCCUAGACUGUGUUCCUGUUCCUGCACACGCCUCCAUGUCUUACCUUUAUCUGCCGCAUUCCUUUGCGAGGACUCCUUGGCUCAGCCUCCUGGCAUGUUCCAGAUUGGCAUGCUACCUGUUCUUUUACAGCCUGUGCCCAGCGGGCUUCAGCUGAAGUUGGAACUGACACAGUAUUUCUAAGAGCAGCAAAGUCUGUUUUAAUUACAAAAUGUUUGUGGCGUUAUUUAAAGCUGUAAUUGUGUUUUCCUUCUGUAAGUGCAUAAGGCUAUUGAUGCUCCAAGGUGGAAUGUGCAGUUCCUUCCCAUAAGUGCAUAUUUUUCACAUUUGGGAUCUUUCCCAUUUCACUGCAGUCUACAGAUGCAAAGUUACUUUUGUGCCAAAUGUGAACGCUGACAGUUUUCAACUUAAAAGAGCAGGUGCUGGAUUCUCUCUCAGUGGAACAUGCACCUAAAGAUGAGUGACUAUGAAUAUAGAUGAUACAUCUGUGUUUUGGCAAUUUAGUGUGCAACAGACCAUACAGGUUUUGUCCACUGCCGGAGCCGUUUGCUGUGCCAGCAUCCCAGGGGGCACAGAGAAUACUGCUGAGGUCCAGUCAGUGUCCCAAGCAAUAAUGGAGGCUGUCAGCAGGAAGAUGAAGAAACCAAGCUGAGACUGCAAAGUACAGUCUGGUGCUGUAUCUUCAUGAUGUGUCAUCUUGGCUGAUCUUAUUUGUAAAUAUUGAGGGGGUGGGAGGGCAGUUGGAAUGGGCAAUAUUUUUUUACUUUUAGAUAUUAAAGAAUAUGAUAUGGGCCAGUAUCAUGGGGUGUCUAUGCUGCUUACCUUCACAGAUGCAGUUCUCCCCUCCUGGUUUGUAAAUAAGUUCUACUAUGUUCUCCCCACACUGGCCUUAGAUUUAUAUCCCUCUGUUGAUAAAGCUGAUAUGCACUUAGUUCAUCAUGCAUUUUGUUACAGGUCCUGUGGGUUUUCAGUGGCAGCCCCAAAAGAGCAGUGCUUCCUUUGUUAGAUGGGGUCUUCAGAACUGAAUUUCAAAUCUUACAUGGGGCUAUGGUGACUUCCAUUUUCUGGGGCCCUGUCCCAAGGGGCAGGAGGGAUGUGCUCUCCUGGUCCAGAGAGGCUUGUGGGUCAGUAGCACAAAGGCUGGCAAGCUGGUCUUCAAGCCUGGGUCUGCUUUCUUUUUCCUGAAACGCUGCAUCGAUCAAAUGCGUUCACCAGCAGACUGGUGUAAAUGUGUGCUGUCCAUUGUAUUCUUGCCUUUCCAAACAGCUGGUUUUUUGUGCAGGACUACAGCUUGGAAAGUUGGUUCUUUCCCUUGCCUAGUCAUCUGUGCUUUCCCUCUCUGGAGGGUGAAAUGCUGGUAAGGUGGCAGGCACAGUCAUGGACAUGUUCUCUACCUCUCUGCCUUAGGUCACUUGUCUAGGUGCACCUCUGUUGCAGCAAAGGUCAUCUCAGCUGUGGGGGCCUGUCUCAUUUGGAACGUGUCUCCCUGGCUGGAGGAGGGAAUGGAACACUGGACAAAUGCUUUUUAUCCUGCCAAGUAGGCCUGCUGUUGGAGACACAGGCAAGAGACCCAUGCUAUUACACCAGCAUCCCUCUUCCCAUGCUGUCCCACUGUUACCCUCAGACGGCCAGCGCAAAGGGAGAUGGUCAGAUGGCCAUCCCACUCCUUAGAGCUGACUUACUUUCCACAGCUGCCCCUUCAACUCAGUGUUGUUGCAUUCCAGGCUGCUUGGUGCUAUUUUACCAUUGUUGGUGUUUCUGUAGGCAGCUGUAUUUUGCAGUGGUUUGUAACAUGCAGGUGUUUGGGGGGGGGGACUGUAGUACAUUGUAACAGGUGAACUUGAAAGUUCAGUAGUAAAUCAUGUUUCAGGGGUUUAUCAAGUCUGUUGCCUCAGGAGGAAUGGCCUCCAGCUGUUUUGUUACUUUUCACAGGGAAGCACUUGGAAGUCUUCUUCUGAAACUGCUUGCAGAUGUGGUUUGAGUACUUGCCCGAAGAGCAUUCUCUCUUCCCCUUGUGGUGGUGUCAAACUGUGUUGCAGCAUGAAAGGAGGACCAAAGGGCUGGUCCAGAAGGACACACAUUGGAAUAUAGGUGUAUGUACAAUAUAGUACUAAUGCUCAGCUCAAAAUUAAAGCCAGAUGCCUUCCCAGGGCUGACUGACACCCACACAAGAGUCAAAUCUUUCUUGGCUGUAGCACUGAGUGCUUGCAAUCUGCCUUUAGAAGAGGGAAAUGUGCCAAGUGUUGUCAAGGAACUUGAGUGUCACUUGUCUCUAGGUUAGACAGAAAAGGUGACUAAAGCUUUUAGCUUCCAGCUUGUGCUUUUCAAAAAAGCAUCAGGACUGCCAUUCCUGUCCUUUGUGGCAGUCAGCUAAUGAGAGAUGGACCUCAUUAGAAACAGUACUGCCAGGUCUAAUGGAGAGUCCAGCCUUGCAUAAAGCCAGGCAGGAAGCUUGCUCCUCAUGCUGCUCUUCAGGUUGAGAUAAAGACCAUGGGGAAGGAGACUCAAAGCCCACCUCUAAAUAAGCAGUGAUGGUGGCUGAGCACAUCUGCUUGGGCUAUAGGAGAUUCUGGGUAUAAUUCUCUGGGUUAGUCUUUGGGAGAUGAUUUUUGUAUUGAAGCUCGCAGGUCCUUGGUUAAUGUCCUAGCCCCUGCUUCAAGUGGCACAGGAACAAUCAAACAAAUUUGAGAGCAGCAGUGUCUCUUUUCCAAUGCCUUUGGGCUACAAUUGCACUUUAAGAGCCUUCCAGGGAUUUUGGGUCGAGCAAGGAUCCUAGCGAGCUUUGUGGAAGCUGGUCUCUUUGGUUGUGAGCCGCUAUGAGGAAAUUUGACUCCUAGGUGGGGUCUGUCAGAUGGAUGUAAAUGCAUGGAGUCAACUUUGUCUCAAAAUACUGAAUUUGUGGAGAAUUCAAUGUUUUGGCUGCUACCAAUAAACAUUUUGUAGAGAGA